AUGGUCGAUUUGCUUCUGAGUCAUUUGUGUGUUAAUGUGAACUGCAUAGACAAAGAUGGGAAUACGUUUCUUUGGUUUUCUAUUUACUCGUCUUACUAUGAGAUAAUCGAAAGGUUGUUGUCUGAGAAAGGCAUUGAUGUUAAUCAUAUUGGGGGCUGUGGGAGAUUCGAAAUGUUGUCUACAUCUCUAUACUAUGCUAUCGAUUUGAAUCUUUGUGUUGCAGGUUAUUCUCCAAUCUCUAUUGUUGCAUUUUGUGGAUGUGUGAGUACGGUUGUUUGUCUGUUGAGUAUGGGGAGUUUUGAGAUCAAUGGGAGGGGUUUUAUAGAUCUGCUAAUCUGUCAAGCGGCUGUAUACGGCCAUUAUGAUGUGGUCAGGCUAUUUGUACAACAAGGCACAUGUCUGAAUAUUAAUGAAAGCACAAUUGUAUCUUACGAUACUGUCUUUUGUAUUGCUGCUUGUGGUGGUGACUUGGAGAUUGUCUAG